ACCUACCACUCUCUCGUCGAGCUCAUCGGCUCAUCGCACGCACCACCAGAUCACCUGGCCAGCCGCCGCGUCACUCCGGCCUCCGCUUCCAAUGGAUGCUGCCAUCGCAUUCACUUCCGCUCGGAACCCUAGCCCCGCGCGCUUCUCCUCCUCCUCCGCCUCGCCGUCCUCGCGCGUCCCCCAGCGCCUCUGCGUCUGCAUCCCAUGGCUCGGGCGCGAGCGCCGGCUCCGCGGGCUCCGGCCUCAAUCCCAGGUGCAGCCCCCCGGGGCCAUGUCCGCCGACGCCUCCCACCACGACGUGGUGGUCGUGGGGGCAGGAAUCGUCGGGCUCACGAUCGCGCGCCACCUCCUCCUCCACACUCCGCUCUCCGUUGCUGUCGCUGACGCUGCCGUCCCCUGCUCCGGCGCCACUGGCGCAGGGCAGGGAUACAUAUGGAUGUCGCACCGGACGCCCGGCAGUGACAUGUGGGAGUUGGCGGCGCGGAGCAAGCAGCUGUGGGAGGAGCUCGCGGCCGAGGUUGACGGCCAGGGCGGCGGCGGUGCGCGGGAGAAGCUGGGUUGGAUGAGGACAGGAAGCUUGCUAGUUGGCAGAACUUCAGAAGAACUAGCCACAUUGGAGGAAAGGACCAAGGCUCUGUCCAAGGCAGGCAUACAUGCGGAAUUCUUGUCUGCCUCUUCACUACAUUUAUUAGAACCAGCACUCAGUGUUGGGAAAGAUGGUGGUGCUAUGUUCUUGCCUCAAGACUGCCAGAUUGAUGCAUUCCAGGCUGUCUCUUUGAUUGAAAAGACCAAUAACUCAUAUUCCUCAGAAGGAAGGUAUAUGGAGAUCUAUAAUGAUCCUGCCAUAUCAUUAAUAAGAUCGGAGGUUACUGGAACAGUUGAAGCUGUCCAAACUUCCAGAAACAUAUUGUAUGGCAGAAAAGCUAUUGUAAUUGCUUCUGGUGCCUGGACUCGAUCCUUAUUGCAUAGUUUUCUGGAACCAGCUUUGACAUUGGAUAUUCCUGUCAAGCCACGAAAGGGUCAUCUUCUUGUGGUGGAGAAUUUUGACAAGGUUAAGCUGAAUCAUGCCCUAAUGGAGGUAGGAUAUGUUGACCAUCAGGUUGCUAAGUCAAAUCACACACACAUGGCUUCAGAGUCUAGUGAAGAUGAGCCCGGUGCUUUAUCUAUAUCAAUGACUGCAACUGUAGAUGCAAAGGGAAAUUUGGUUCUAGGAAGCAGCCGGGAGUUCAAAGGAUUUUCAAGGGAGGUUGAUAAAUCCGUUGUUAAGUGUAUAUGGGAACGUGCAGGAGAGUUCUUUCCUGCAAUGAAGAAUGUUCCUCUUGAUAUUGAUCACAAUACACAGAUCAGAAUCGGGCAUCGCCCAUACAUGCCUGAUGGAAAGCCAGUUAUUGGCUUUAUUCCUGAUCUGCCAAAUGUUUUGAUUGCAACAGGACAUGAAGGAAAUGGGCUUACUAUGGCACUAGGCACUGCUGAAAUGGUCACUGAUAUGAUUCUUGGGAAUCCUGGAAAAGUGGACUGCUCACCUUUCUCCAUCAAACACAGAUUUUCAGGUUGACCGUUUAUCCGGAAGCCCUCCUUCAGCUCCUCAAGUGUCAAAUUACCGUCAUUGUCCUUGUCCAUCGUAUUGAACAUCUGAGUGUAUUUGUCAAUCUCUUCCACUGGUAGAUUCAUGGCGACGACCUCCAUUCAUAAUUAGAAAAUGCUUCACUGUGUGUCGCACUUGAAGGAAAUAAGGGUACAAAUUGCAAGUUAUCUGCAACUUACUCCAAGUGCCUUCUUCUUGAACUUGUUCAUGGACGAGAACUGCUUCAGCCUGGACCGAACAACCUCCCCGAGUGACACAUUUGAAGCCUUAUCAGCAUUUUUGAGCCAAGGAUGCUCUGUGUUUUUAGGAGGGAAACGUGAUCAUAGUUAAGUAUGUAGCAUUGUUAGGCCGUCCUUUUCAAUAAUGCCAAUACUAAACCAGAAGUUACCAAACUCUUAGUAUGCCUUUCCAUGAAUAGAAUUCCGUCUGCUCUUUCCA